UCUCCCCAUCUUGCUCCUGUCAGCGAAGAGGAUUUUGCAAAGCCACAGGAAGAUGUGUGACCAGCAGAAGCAGCCACAGUUCCCCUCAUCUUGUGUGAAAGGUUCAGGAUUGGGAGCUGUACAGAGUACCAAAUGUACCUCUGUGAAAUGCCCAGCUCCAUCCCAGACUCAAGCCUGUGUGAAAUGCCAAGUGCCAUGCCAGACUCAAACCUAUGUGAAAUAUGCAACUCCUGGCCAGAUGUAUGUGAAAUGCCCAGCUCCAUCCCAGACAACCUAUGUGAAAUGCCCAGCUCCUUGUCAGACAUACAUGAAGUGCCCAGCUCCAUGCCAGACAACCUAUGUGAAGUGCCCAGCCCCCUGCCAGACCCAGGCAUGCUAUGGCCAGGGCCCUUCUUCCGGCCAGACCUACUACGUUCAGGCUCCUGCGAGUAGCUUGACCACCUUAUGCUGUGUACCUGAUCCAUGCUCUGCACCCUGUUCCACCAGCUACUGCUGCCUGGCUCCCCGGACCUUCGGGGUGAGUCCCCUGAGACGCUGGGUCCAGCGACCCCAGGACUGCAGCUCAGGAUCAUCUGGCUGCUGUGAAGGUUCUGGGUGCUGCAGCUGUGGGGGCUGUGGUUCUGGGUGCUGCUGUUUGGGGAUUAUCCCCAUGAGGUCCCGAGGUCCUGCGUGCUGUGAUCAUGAGGAUGACUGCUGCUGUUAAAUACAGAACAGCCCUGCUCUGGAACAUUCAGCAGCUUCCGGCCCCCUCUCUGUAUUCCCGGUUAUGUAGAAUCUUAUUGCUUCACCAUGUACUUUGCUUCUCUAUGAAGGCAGCCUGCCAGAGUUAGCAUGUGCCCCAAACUUUGGCAAGAAUAAAGCUCUGAAAGGAAUUCAUAGA